CGAAGUGCGAUCCAAACAUGGUUGCUUUAACCUCCCUCCUGCAUGUCCUCCCUCUGCUCCUCGCCACGGCACAGGGCCAGCUCGCUGGCCGCGUUGGACCCUUGACGACCGCGGCGGAGAAGAACGCCACCAGAACGUGCAGUGUGCUCGACUACGGUGCCGUUGCAGACAACGCAACAGACGUCGGGCAGCCCAUCAUCGAUGCCUUUGCGGACUGCGGAAGAGGGGGCGUCAUCUUCAUCCCUCCAGGCGAUUAUCUCCAAACCACCUGGGUCCACCUCACCAAUGGCAGUGCCUUUGCCAUCCAGCUAGACGGAAUCAUCUAUCGUGGGGCCGCCCCCUCUUCGCAAUCGUACAUGUUCGAAAUCUCCUCGAGCAGUGACUUCGAAGUUUUCAGCUCAACGUCGCGCGGUGCCAUUCAGGGCAGCGGAUACCUGUAUCAUCAGUCAGGUAACUUCGUUGGCCCGCGACUCCUCCACGUCAGUGGGGGAUCGGACUGGGCGGUUCAUGACCUGGCGCUUGUCGACUCCCCGAUGUUCCACUUUGUGAUCCAAGGGGCUACUAAUGGUGAGGUGUAUAAUAUGGCAAUCCGCGGUGGGGAUCAUGGAGGGCUCGAUGGGAUUGAUGUCAGCGGAACGAAUAUCUGGAUUCAUGAUGUCAUGGUCACGAACAAGGAUGAAUGUGUCACAGUCAUGACCGGGUCGAAGAAUAUCCUCGUCGAGAGCAUUUACUGCAACAGUAGUGGAGGGUGUGCCAUGGGGUCCCUGGGCGCCGGUACCAACGUCAGCGACGUCACCUACCGGAACGUCUACACAUGGUCAUCCAACCAGAUGUUCAUGAUCAAGAGCAACGGAGGAUCCGGGACUGUGUCGAACGUUCUCUUUGAGAACUUCAUGGGCCAUGGAAACGCCUACAGCUUAGAUUUUGACACAGCCUGGAGCAGCAUGUCCACGAUCGAAGGGGACGGCAUCGCAUACAGCAACAUCACAUUCCGCAACUGGAAAGGCACCGAGGUUGACGGCGAGGACCGUCCGCUCAUUAAGGUCAAAUGCCCCGCCCUGACGCCCUGCACAGAUGUAACGAUCGAGGAAUUCGCCCUCUGGAACGAGGAAGGCCACUACGCACUGCACGUCUGCGAGCACUCGUACGGCUCGGGCUAUUGCCUUUCCAACGCGACCGUCCCAGUCACUGGCACCGCGGGAGGCUACACCACGACGCAGUACAUCAACACGCCCCCGGCGGGCUACUCGGCCACCACGAUGGCCGAGGACCUUGCGACGGCAUUUGGCACCUCUGCCUCCAUUCCGAUUCCAACGAUCCCCACUUCGUUCUACCCGGGUUUGACGCCGUAUAGUCCCCUUGCGGGGGCUUCUGCCUUCCCUUCGAAAGGAACGCGACGGCAUCGUUGA